AUGAAGGCCUCCAUGAUCAUCGCUCUCCCCGCCCUUGCCCUCGCGGCUGCCAGCCCCGUCCAGGUUGAGGAGCGACAGCUCCCAAGCGUCCCAGGGCUCCCAGAGCUCCCAGGGCUCCCAACCCUCGAUCUCACUUGCAUUAGCCAAAUCACUGGUCUCACUGCCUGUGCCCCUAGCAUUGCCAACCUCCAGAACCCAGCGGCCUUGAGCCCAGCGCUCUUGACCCAGCUCAUUACAUGCCCUCUCCAAAUUAUUGGCCGAGUUAUCGACUGCAUCAUUUAG